CGCCUUUAGAAGUUUUCACUUUUCGUUAAAGUACUAUGAUGUAUGCAGACUAAUUAAAAAUAACUCUGAGACUUCGUGAACUUUUUGUUUGAUAAAAUUUAAAUUAAUUUUCGAAACGACUUUAGAAAUAGUGUCAACUGUGUACUUUAACUAGCUAGCAAAAUAAACACAGGAUGUCGACUUCAGUGCCUCUAACAUUAGAAGAGCUAUCAAAAAUCCGCAAAGAUUUUUAUGCAGAACCAAAAAAUGAAUUGGCUCAAAAUGUUUGUACUCGAUAUGAUCCAUUCGAAGUAGCCAUCAACAGACGGAAGACAGAUACUUCACUUCAUGUUUUCAACCUUAAGAUUGAGACAGAAGGGAAACCUGUCACCAAUCAAGAAAGCUCCGGUCGAUGCUGGCUCUUUGCAGCACUCAACGUGAUGCGUUUGCCUUUCAUGAAGAAAUAUGGAAUUGAAGAAUUUGAAUUCUCACAAAGUUAUCUGUUCUUUUGGGAUAAGAUUGAAAGAUCACAUUUCUGGUUGAACAACAUCGCGGAGACCGCUAAAAAGGGGGAGAAACUUGACGGAAGAGUUGUGAACUUCUUGCUCAAGGAUCCGGUCAACGACGGCGGCCAGUGGGACAUGCUGGUGAACCUCGUGAACAAAUACGGCUUAAUGCCGAAGAAGUGCUUCCCGGAGUCGUACAGCUCGAGGCGGAGUGUGCGCAUGAACGCGCUGCUGAGGACCAAGCUCCGUGAAUUCGCCAAAGAAUUGCGAGAAAAGGUAACGUCAGAUGCAUCCGACGACGAAAUACAGAACACGAUCAGUAAACAGAUGAUCGUCGUGUACAAUAUCGUAGCUAUAUGCUUGGGUAUACCCCCGGAGAAGUUCACGUACGAGUAUUACAAUAAGGACAAGGCGUACCAGGUCAUGGGUCCGCUGACGCCCCAGGAGUUCUACGCGCGGCACGUGAAGCCGCUGUACGACGUGGACGACAAGGUGUGCAUAGUGAACGAUCCACGAGAGAACAAUCCGUAUGGUCAUUUAUAUACGCUACAGUAUCUCGGUAAUAUGGUCGGAGGUCGUACAACUGUUUAUAACAAUCAGCCCAUCGAGGUUUUGAUCAAGGCCGUUAAGGACAGCAUCCAGGGAGGCGAGGCUGUGUGGUUCGGGUGUGAAGUGACGAAGAGGUUCGAACGGAAGAACGGCCUGGAGGAUCUUGAAGCUCACGACUAUCGUUUGGUCUUCAACACUGAGAUCCAGAUUGGGAUGCCGAAGGAGGACCGACUGCUGUACGGAGACUCGUGCAUGACACACGCCAUGGUGUUCACGGCGGUCGGCCUCGAUGAGCAAGGCAAUCCGCUGAAGUUCCGCGUCGAGAACUCUUCCAGCGACAAGGAGUACGAUAAAGGCUACCUGCUACUCACCGAGCCUUGGUUCAGAGAGUUUGUGUUUGAGGUCGUUGUAGACAAGAAGUACGUGUCGAAAGAAGUUCUAGAUGUAUUCAAACAAGAAUUAGUGGAAUUACCGGCCUGGGACCCCAUGGGGACGCUAGCGUGCCCGCUCUGCGCGGACGACUAGCAACGCGACUAGCGCCGCCAUAUAUAUACUUUUAUAUUGCUUAAUGGGUAGACGUGCUCACAGCCCAUCUGGUGUUAAGUGGUAACUGGAGCCCAUAGAUAUCUAUAACGGAAAUUACGCCACUCACCUUGAGAUAGGAGUUCUAAGAACUCAGUAUGAUUACAGGGGGGUCCCGGUGACCACUCAACACCAGGUGGGCUGUGAGCUCGUCCACCCAUCUAAGCAAUAAAAAAAACUUACCAUCUAGGGUUCGGCGUUGUUUUUGGCGCGAACGCGACAACUGAAGCUUUGUGAAUUGUUUUAUUCUGUUAAUUUUGUAUUACUUCAAGUUUAAACGUGUAAUAACUGUGGUUUAUUAAUUAUAAUUAUUAUUUCGUGUGUAUAGUUAUCUAAAUCAUAUUAAAACUCAUGCUAUUGUAUUCGACAAGUAAAAAAAUAAAGUCGAUUAUAAAGAAAUAUGGCAACACCUUAACAAGAAUAUGUACGCAGCGUCAAUACUAUACUUACACUAAUCUGUUUUUUUUUUAAUACUAUUAAUUCGUGUCGAAAACAUUUUCAAUAUAGAAGAAUGAGGCAGUAUUCACUUUAAUUUUCAUUGAUAAUUUUACUUUGGGAAUGAAUCCUUAAAAUUAUGCUUGUGCGUAAAAAAAAUUUUUUUUAUAAUUGAGGAAUUUCACCCCUCUGUAUCGUAAUAGAGCUAAAUAUUACAUUGUGUUUCUUCUUAACGUUAAUAGUUAAAAAGAACAUACACAUUAGUUAGGUCAAUAUUAAAAAUCAUUACCGUAUCGUUUGAAGUUUGCCUUUGUCGCCAAAACUAUUUUUGAGAAUCUCAAUUCUUGUUCUAAUCUGUUUGAUAAAUGUGUCUACAGAAGAAUCAUGAAUAAACGUUACAUUUUACUUUUUGUGUUCAACCGAGUUACCAUAACCCAUUGUUUAUUUAGAUACAUAAUGGAGUUUCUUAACAAACUUCUGUUGCGUCUGGCUUGGUUUGCAAUAAAUGUGACCAAUUUUUUAUUAAUAUAAAUAAACGAUGUAAG